AGAUCAAACACAGUCAAAACUUACCAUGAACCCAGUCGGCCUAACUGGCAGCCCGGCGCCGAACCUGGAAUUGAUACUGAUGCUGAGCGAGUAAGCCCUCAUCUCGAGGCUCUGCGAGCGAGAUGCGACAUCUUGGUUGCGGAUUUUAGUGCUGAGCAUAUGGAAUCUGUACAAACCGACAACGACUCGCUGGAAGAAGUUUUGUCCGAAAAGCGACCACCCCACUUGCCUUGCCGCUGGAUCUCGGUCAACGGCUUGAGUUGGGAUGUCAUCAAGAUACUCGGUCAACACUAUGGACUGCAUAGACUUGCUAUCGAGGAUUUGAUUAAUACUCGCACCCGCACGAAGUGUGACUGGUACUCUGAUCAUGCGUUUGUGGUGUUGACGCUGCAGAAGCUCGUUCGCAUGCAUUCGCAUGCUGAUACUGACGAUUGUGAUUGUUCUGAUGAUGAGCAGCCGAUACACUAUGAUGAGGUUGACGAAGCGCAUGAGCACCACCCAGAACGCGAACGCGUGCCUUUUUGGAAGAAGCCUUUCAAGAAGUCGAAGCGGAAGCAACAGUCUAGCCUACCACAAUACCGCGACCCUGAUGGACUGGACAAGAUGGGAGAUAUGAUCCGAGCACACAGUUCGACAGCAGAUGGCGCACCACUAAAAAACAUUAGAACACUGCAUCGUUACGAGAGCAUGCAGAACCCUGAGCACACUUUGUUCAUGGAAAAGCAUUCUGCACUGUUUGAAGAGAACCUGGUCGUCAGCGUCGAGCAGGUCUCGAUGUUUUUAAUGUCAAAUAACACCGUGAUCUCAUUCUUCGAACACUCUGGCGCUGAUGUCGAGGAGCCCAUCCUAGAGCGUCUGAAGAGUCCAGCCACAAUGCUACGCCGUAGUGCCGACUCAUCUCUGGUAAUGCAAGCCAUUAUCGAUGCCAUCGUCGACUUGGCCAUCCCGGUCAAAGAAGCCUAUAACAAAGCGCGGAAAGACCUGCAGAUCGAUGUCCUGACCAACCCAUCGAUGAGCACCUCCAAAGCCCUGCAUAUCUUUAGCGAGGAAAUUGACAUGCUUCAAAACUUGGUGAAGCCUAUCGUCAAUCUAGUCAACUCGCUCCGAGACCAUAAGUCAGAUCCUUACCCCGGAGCACCACUACCUUCGGAGCCGUCUUCACGGAAAGUCAGUGACCAUCGACGGCCACAACCAAAGCGUUUGUUCACGCAAUCUCCGACGACUGUAGUUAUGAGUCCGCUUGCUCAUGUCUACCUCGGUGACGUGUUGGAUCACUGCAUCACCAUAAUUCAAUCACUCGAGCAGAUGGAUGCAUCAGCUAACAACUUGUCAUCUCUGAUGUUCAACACCAUUGGUGCCCGCACCAACACGACCAUGUCCAUCAUCGCCCUCGUGACCGUCUUCUUUGCACCUUUGACGUUCCUGUGCGGCUACUUUGGCAUGAACUUCGAGGACUUCCCUGGCAUCCACCAUUCAGAUGUCUAUUUCUGGAUCAUUGCUGUUCCUACAACUAUC